CAAUCGCUGAAAACGACAUGCGUGGACGGUAUUCAUACAAUCUGUAAUUAUGAUUUAAUGUAAAUAAUUCACCAUGGAUUUAUUUGACAGAAGUGAUAUUCAGAAGUGUCUGAAAAAUUUACGAGCGUCGAUUCACCGAGAUUCGUUGCCGUUGGACAGCAAAUUAUUACGAGAAGAUAAGAUUUUAAGCAGCAUUGACAAGAAGAAUCUCCUUGACUACUUGAGUGAACAGCUGAUUGUAUCAGACCAUACAGUUGCCAUAGCAACAUCAUUCUCACCUUUUCUCCUUGACCUCUUGGAGAGGUCAUGCCAAAGGUCAUCUUCUAGUCAGUUUUCAUUGGAUCGUCAUGAGAGGCUAUGCGCUGCCUGUUCUCGGCUUGUUGGUUCCUUUCCAGAUGCUCAGAAGUUCAUUGAGAAGUAUCUUCAGACAUCUCCCCCUGUCUUUGAGAGAUUGCUGAAGACCAAAUCAAAAGCAAAGAAGAAUGCAUCUUAUCGUGAUAUAGCUCUGACAGCAAGACGUCUUGUUGAACAUUCCCCUAACACGUAUGCAGAUAUGUGGGACUGGAGCCCAUUCCUUGGUCUUCUAGAGUCACAUGAUGUAGAAACAAGAUGGCAUGCAGCUAACACAGUGGCUUGUAUAACAAAGAUGGGUGGGAGAUGCCGUUCUAAUCUUUUCUCAUCUCUCUUCACCAAAGAUGAAAUAUGCUCUUACCAAUUAAGGGAUGCAGAGACUAUAAAUCAACAGAUAUUUGGGGAUCAGGACAGCUCUGAGGUCAUGACCUUUGACCCUGACCUUCAUUCUGCUCAGAAGAGCGAUGGUCAUGACCUCUUACUGAAAGACUAUCAUGACAAUGUGGUGUCAGUGUGUGGCGUCCUUCUUCCCCGAACAAACAUACAGGAUACAGCUAAGACCUCAUUGCCCAAGCUGGUCCAGGUGCAAACAACCAAGAAGAACUUGCGAAGUCUGGCCCUCGCCGUCUCGGCAGGAAAUGGAGUCCUCCUCGAAGGCCCAGUGGGAUGCGGAAAGACGGCCCUGGUGGAGCACCUUGCGGCCCAGACGGGACGAACAGCGCCCCCAUCAAUCAUCAAGGUGCAGCUGGGAGACCAGACAGACAGCAAGGCUCUCCUUGGGACCUAUCGAUGUACAGAUAUUCCUGGAGAAUUCGUCUGGCAAGCCGGAGCCCUUACUCAGGCUGUGACCCACGGUCAUUGGAUCCUCCUUGAGGACAUAGACUACGCCCCGAUGGAUGUCAUCUCUGUCCUUCUACCGCUCCUAGAAUCAAGGUCUCUAUGUAUCCCGGGCCAUGGUAAUGUCGUCAAGGCUGCUCCAGGAUUUCAGCUCUUUGCUACACAGAGAUUACUAAGUACCAGUGCCGGACUUCACAGACAGCACGUAUCCCAUGGUGCAAUGCUUGAUCAGCUUUGGACUCGUGUUCGUGUGGAACCCAUGUCAAGGGAUGAACUACAUCAGGUCAUCACAACUCUGUACCCCAAACUGACCACUGUGGCCAACCGACUACUGGACAUCUUCUGUACCUUGACCGCUGGUCACCAGACAUGGCUGGACACUCCGGCAGAGUCCGAGGGCAGCCCUGGGGCUGGUGAAGGUGGAUCAAGGACUGCUGGCGGCAAGAUUGAAUUGGGAUCCCACGACAGAAGACUGGUUUCUACCAGAGAUCUUAUCAAAUGGUGUGAGAGAAUUGAGAGAGAUUUCCAGAUCAAUUCAUCGCAGAGUGCUAACAUGGUCUUUCUUGAGGCGUUAGACUGUUUCUGUGCAGCUCUGACAAAUCCUAAGACUCGUAUGGCUGUGGCUGAGCAAAUAGGAGCAAGGCUAAACAUCACCAAGGAGAAGGCUCGCUUCUACUGCUCUACAUACAAGCCAAACAUCGAAGAGGGGGACUCUACCAUUACAUCGGGGAGGGCAGUAUUGCAGCAGAAAGAGAGGGACACAUUAAAAAUGACUGCUGCAUCUCAGUUCGCCUUCACCCGACCAGCUGCUGUGCUGGUAGAGCGUGUAGCCUGCUGUAUCGUUCAGAAUGAACCGGUCCUUUUAGUUGGAGAGACGGGAACGGGAAAGACCUCUACCAUCCAGUAUUUGGCCAGCCUCGUAGGUCAAAGGUUAAAGGUCAUCAAUAUGAACCAGCAGAGUGACAGCACUGACCUGCUUGGAGGGUUCAAGCCCGUUGACCUUCGUCAGGUUGUUGCCCCGGUCAGAGAGGCGUUCGAGGGUGCUUUCCGUGCCACCUUCUCAGUGAAGCAGAACACCAAGUUCUUGAGUCAUAUCCAGAAGUGCUUCACGCAGCGUCAUUGGAGGGAACUUGUUCAGCUGAUGAUACAUAGUCAGCAGGCCGCCCUCAAGAGGUUCGAAAAGGCAGAAGGCAAAAAUGGAGACGGGGCAAACAAGAAAGACAUUGGAGGUCAGUGGAGGUCACUAGGUGAAAGGUUACACCAGCUUCAACUUCAAAUACAGCACUCUGAGAAUACCUUGGCAUUUUCUUUUGUUGAAGGUACACUGGUGAAAGCACUCAGAAAUGGAGACUGGAUACUCUUGGAUGAGAUCAACCUUGCAACGGCCGAGACCCUGGAGUGUUUGAGCUGUCUCCUAGAGAGUACCGAGGGGUCGGUGGUCCUCAUGGAAAGAGGAGAUACCAAGCCAAUCAUUAGGCAUAAAGACUUCCGUCUGUUUGCCUGUAUGAAUCCUGCCACCGAUGUCGGCAAGAAAGAACUGCCUCCGGGACUCAGGAACAGGUUUACAGAGCUGUUUGUUGACGAGCUUGAAGAAGUUCCAGAUCUCAAGAUCCUCACAAAGAGCUACCUUAGACUUCUCUCCAUCACAGAGGCUCAAGUGGAAGGCAUCGUGCAAUUUUACUUGUCUGUGAGGAAGGAAGCCAUUCAGAAACUGACCGACGGGACCGGUCAUCGGCCACACUACAGCCUCAGGACUCUUUGCCGUGCUCUCAAGCUGGCCUCAACAAACCACUGUGAUUCAGUGCCGAGGUCACUUUACGAGAGCUUCUGUCUGAGUUUCCUCACCCAACUUGACCGUGCCUCCCACCCCAUAGUGGAGAAGCUCGUUUGCAAGCACGUGAUUGGCAAAUCCAACCUCAAGAGCUUGCUGGGCCAGUCCAUUCCUCCUCCAGCAGGGGGGAAUAAGUACAUGAAGCUGGAGGGAUACUGGGUAGCUGUGGGGGAGAAGGAGGGGUAUAAACCCAAGGACUAUGUGAUCACACCGUCGGUGAAGGCCAACUUGAGGGAUCUUGCCAGGAUAGUAUCAGCAGGACGAUUCCCGGUCCUGAUCCAGGGUGAGACCUCUGUCGGCAAGACCAGUCUGGUCAACUACCUAGCCCAGCUGACCGGUAACCAUUGUGUGAGGGUCAACAAUCAUGAACACACUGACCUCCAGGAAUACGUAGGAUUCUAUGCUGCGGAUGAAUCAGGCAAGCUGGUCUUCAAGGAAGGUGUACUUGUGGAUGCCAUGAGAAAGGGACAUUGGAUUAUCCUAGAUGAAUUGAAUCUGGCUCCUUCUGAUGUCCUAGAAGCUCUCAACAGGCUGCUGGAUGACAAUAGAGAGCUCUUCAUCCCAGAGACACAGGAAGUAGUCGCUGCUCAUCCAAAGUUUAUGCUCUUUGCUACCCAGAAUCCACCUGGGCAAUAUGGCGGCCGUAAGGUGUUAUCUCGAGCGUUCCGGAACCGGUUUGUUGAACUCCACUUUGAUGAGAUCCCAAGCAGGGAACUGGAGACCAUCCUUCAUGACCGAUGUCAGAUCCCAGUCUCGUACUGCCGCAAGAUGGUCGCUACUAUGUUGGAAUUACAGAUGAGACGUAAAGGAUCUGGUGUGUUCGCUGGGAAACAGGGAUUCAUCACCCUCAGGGAUCUGUUCAGGUGGGCGGAACGAUACCGACAUGCUAGCCAGGGGGACCAGGCGUUUUAUGACUGGAACCAGCAUAUAGCAGAUGAAGGUUACAUCCUGCUUGCUGGUCGAGUGAGGAGAGAGGAGGAAGCAGAGACGAUCAGAGAGGUUCUAGAGAAAAACAUCAAGAGAGUGGUGAACCCACAACAUCUCUUCACCCUAUCAGAGCAUACCUCACCAGUCACAAGAAAUAUUCUUGAGAAGGUAACAUCUGCAACCUCCCUUCCUGGCUUCCACCACAUUGUAUGGACCUAUGGAAUGCGUAGACUGGCUGUUCUUGUAGGACAAGCUCUCAAGUUUGGUGAACCAGUGCUUCUCGUCGGUGAAACUGGCUGUGGCAAGACCACCAUAUGCCAGCUGUUUGCUGCCCUUGCCAGUCAGAAACUCCAUGCAGUGAACUGUCACCUUCACACAGAGACGUCUGACUUUUUGGGAGGGCUACGUCCAGUCAGGCAUCAUAGCGAUGAAACUGAUGAGGAGAGUAAGAAGUUGUUUGAAUGGUGCGACGGUCCCUUGAUCCUGGCCAUGAGGGAAGGAGCUGUCUUCCUCAUAGAUGAGAUCUCCCUGGCCGAUGACUCCGUCCUGGAGCGUCUCAACAGCGUGCUGGAGCCCGAGAGAACACUGCUCCUGGCGGAGAAAGGGAGCGGGGAGGAGUGCGGGGAUGAUAUAGCCGUGAUUAAGGCGGAGGAGUCCUUCAGGGUGGUGUCGACCAUGAACCCAGGGGGCGACUUUGGCAAGAAGGAGCUUUCACCGGCUCUGAGGAACAGGUUCACUGAGAUCUGGUGCCCUCAGAACACUCAGCGUACUGACCUGGUAUCUAUCAUAGAGCACAACCUGUGCGAUGGGGUACAGCUGUGCAACCAAGAGGACGGUUCCAGCGGCAUCGGCAACGCCGUCAUGGACUUUGUGGAAUGGUUUGCCAACAAUGAGGUCGGGAAGAAGUGUACUGUCAGCAUUCGGGACAUCCUCUCUUGGGUGAACUUCAUUAACGUUUGCUGCGACCCUUCCCAUCAUGACCCCAUGACCUCACCCGAUGACCUUUCACCUCUUGACCCGGCUGUUGCCUACAUCCAUGGUGCCUGCAUGGUCUUUGUGGAUGGUCUAGGCUCAGGUACAACCAGCAACUCCUUAGUGCCUCCGACCCAAGCCAGACACACGUGCAUCCGUUGGCUCUCAUAUCAGAUCAAACAACUCACAGACCAAGAGAUUGACCUCUCCAGCCUCCUGGUGACCUCUGACCUGAGUGACCUCAAAGAGGUCAAAGGUCAUGGAGGAGGAAUUGUGUGUGAAGGGAACAAGUUCGGAAUUCGGCCUUUCUUCAUUAAAAGAGGGCCAUCGCCAAGAUCACCGGUAGGUUACGCCCUCGAUGCCCCGACCACCGCACUCAAUGCCCAACGUAUUCUGCGAGCACUGCAGCUGCCCAGGGCUAUCCUCCUUGAAGGGUCCCCAGGGGUAGGGAAGACCAGUCUGGUGUCAGCCCUGGCCAAGGCGUCCGGUCAUGAACUGGUCCGGAUUAAUCUAUCAGAGCAGACAGAUAUCACGGACCUGUUUGGAGCUGAUCUUCCAGUAGAGGGAGGUGAAGGGGGUCAGUUUGCUUGGAGGGAUGGACCCCUCCUCCAGGCUCUCCGAGCUGGGCAUUGGGUUGUCCUUGAUGAGCUGAAUCUGGCCUCCCAGUCGGUACUAGAAGGUCUGAAUGCUUGCCUGGACCACAGGGCGGAGGUCUUUGUUCCCGAGCUGGGCCGAUCGUUCCAGAUCCAGCACGAGAAGACCAGGAUCUUUGCAUGCCAGAACCCGUUGAAGCAGGGAGGGGGCCGCAAGGGACUGCCCAAGUCAUUCCUCAACAGGUUCACACAGGUAUACAUAGAGCCGUUCACAUCAGGGGAUCUGCUCUUCAUUGUCAGCUCUGUGUAUCCUAUGAUAGACAGAGAUAUUCUGUUCAAGAUGGUGGAAUUCAGCAAUAGGCUGUACAGGAAGACAAUGAUCGAGGGUCGCUGGGGUCAGAGGGGAGGACCAUGGGAAUUCAACCUCCGUGACCUCUUCCGGUGGUGUGACCUGAUGGUGCAUGACCAAGGGGUCAAAGGUCAGAUUGGGAUCAAAGGUCAGAUGGAUCCGGGGCAGCACGUGGGUCUGGUCUACGGUGAUAGGAUGAGGACUGCUGAUGAUAAGGAGAAGAUUUUCAAGCUGUAUCAUGUAGUCUUCAGAACCAAGGGAGAAGAGAUACCAUCAGAGGCCUAUAGGAGUAGCAGACAAUUCCAUAUCACUCAUUCACAUGUCCAGGUUGGGCAUUCAUUCCUGGCCCGUGACCCCGCCUGUGAUGUGAACAGCACCCUCUCCAGGUCACCUCUUCAGCUGCUUCACCAUGACCUGGACACACUGGAAUCUAUCAUGAAAUGUGUCGAGAUGAACUGGAUGUCCAUUCUGGUUGGUCCAAGCUCAAGUGGGAAGACCUCCCUGGUCCAUCUCCUGGCUUCUUUGACUGGCCAUCGGCUCCAGGUCCUGGCCAUGAACAGUGCUAUGGAUACCACAGAACUACUGGGUGGAUUUGAACAGGCCGAUAUAAUCCGGCAUUGGGAGAGUUUGUUGGGUAUGAUAGAUGAUGUUGCUAUGGCAACCGUCAGAAAUCUGCUAACCAGUGAUGCAUCCGGAACCAGACUGAAAGCAAAGAGGAUCAUGGGAAUCUUGAGUACUCUGAAAUUACCCAAUGAAGGAAGGGAAAAAGAUAGUCUCUAUCCUACCGAGCAGAAGCUCAACUUGCUUGACCAACUCUUGGCACAGUUACAGACUUGUUCAGAAACUAUGCAAGGUGGUCCAGAGCUUGCAAUAGUGGUUGAAGCUGCCGAUGAUUUGAAGAGCAAAUGCAAAUUAGAGGACCGUUCCAUUCCUGGUGGGGGAGGCAAGUUUGAGUGGGUGGAUGGACUCUUGGUUCACGCCCUCAAGAAUGGUGACUGGCUUCUCAUCGAUAAUGUCAACUUCUGCAGUCCCUCUGUGUUGGAUCGUCUGAAUGCUUUGCUGGAGCCUGGUGGUGUACUGACGAUAAAUGAGAGAGGGGUCAUAGAUGGCCAGAUUCCAGCCAUCAAGCCACACCCACAAUUCAGAUUAUUCCUGUCCAUGGAUCCACGCCAUGGUGAGAUCUCAAGAGCAAUGAGAAACAGAGGAGUGGAGAUAUACAUGUUAGGAGAGAAUGAAGGUGGGGCAUAUAGCGAUCAAGACAGCAGGACCCUCCUACACUCCCUGGGCCUGACUUCCGAAGGCACUAUCACCAGCCUCAUCAACAUCCACCAAGAGAUGCGAUCCCAUCUCCAGGGCACCGACUCCGCCCGGUUACCAAGCCUCCUCCUGGCAGGCUCCAUGGUGAUGCAGCUCUCGAGGAACGGAUCGGGGAUGAAGAGGGCGCUAUGGGAGGCAUGCAUGGAGGUGUAUGUCAAUGGGCAGCUCCUCAUCGGUAAUAAACAGAGAGCAAGAGAGGCACUUGAGCGAUGUCUGCAAGGACAAUCUGGUAGCGCAGCCGAUGAUGCAGACCAUGACUCUCCAAUGGAGAUUGAGGAGCACUCUCUUACCGAUUCCCACCUUGCCAAUAGUGAAGGGUUAGGUGACAAGGAUUACGAGGAUGAUGGUGAUGAUGAUGACGACGAUGAUGAUGUUGAUGAUGUGGAGGAUCAUGUCAUUAAGUCCUACCCUCUAACCGAUGCAAAGAACCUGAUCACCAACCCGAUGCUAGUGACCAUCCAGCGAGAGGGAGCCGUGUUGCAUCAUCUUCUUACAGAACUACAAAGCUCAGACAGAACCACAUCAACAGAAAUGCUCCUGAAAGCUGCUCUCCUUAUCGUCUUGGAGAAGGCCAGCCUUGAGGACUGCAAGCUGCGCUGUGAUUGGCUGAAAUCUCUUGGGUCAUGCCCAGGAAGCGUGCUGGACGUUGGAUCAUUGGCUAAAGGUGUCCUUCACAGCUUGAUGAAUCAUCCAAUCACAGAGCAGAUUGAGAAAGAGAUGAAGGAGCUGUUUUGGGGUCACCACAUGAAGGAUUUCUUGAUCAUCUCUCCUCUGGAUGUCCACUGGAACGAGCAGUUACUAAAACUGUUUAAUUUUCACCUCCAGAGGGCAGCAUCAGCUCAAGAAGAGAGCAUGGAAGAUGACGGUCCAAAUGGGAUGGAAAGAAUCCAAUCCCUAGCUAGAAGAUUAUUUGUGUUCCUGAGAAGAGCAUUGUUCGAAUCUUGCCUUGCCCAUCAAACCAACCAAGAGCCAAAGAGCAAGAAGAAGAGGAAACCAUCAACAGUCCUUCAACUCUCUCAAGCUUUUGAAAAAGGUCGUCUUAGUAGUGAAGCUUUACCUCACCAGUCUGUAGCGCAUGUUGGUCCAUUCUUCCACGCCUGGGACCAGUUCUUCUCGGAGAGGCUCGCUUUUGAUGGACCUUUGGAAGAGGACCAGGCUUUCCAGAUUCUUGUGGCCUGUGGUUGGAGGGAUAGGUUAUGGCAACUAUGCACUCAACCAAUCACAGAUGGUGAUAGAUUUUCUUUUGGUCAGCUAGCACUCCACUGGGACUGGUUCCUGAAAGAAACUGUCCAAGUAGUCAAGUCAACUCUAAAUGAAUCCUCAAGCUUACCAGCUGCUCUUCACACCAUCAUGAAAUGCCUGCAUGCCUCGCUGACCCAAACUGACACUACCUCCACCAUGACCCUCGACCUCGGCCAGUGGGAGGAGCUCUGCAGACUCCUCGGCCAGCCACUCCCCUUCCAGACGGCCCACAUCGCGGAGACCAGCCAACGCAUCUCCAGGCUCUGCCAGUCGUUGAAUGUGAUCAGACAGGUCGGAGGGAAGGUGGUCGGUAGGCAGCGGGAUGCUGAUCGCUGCAUCGCGUUCAUGUCAAGCAGUCGUGGACCAUUCACGAGUAGAUUGCUCGAAGACAGCCUCAUGAAGGUUCUGGUUCUACAGGACCAAUCUGAAUUCGCAGCUGAAGCAGUUGGCCCCAUUGAAUACAACCUGAUCCGGGAGGGCCUUCUUCCCCCAAAUCCAACCCUCUAUCCCGAGGACCCUGAUUCCACCCCCGAUGAGAGAAAUGGUACAGUCCAAGAUGCUCAUGAGAUGACUGUCUGGCUAUGGCCCAUCAAGGAGCACAUGGCCAUCACCACUUCUCAGCAGGUGGUUGCUGAGUUGAUGUCCAAAAGUUUCACGCAGGAGGGCCUCCAAAGCAACAUCGAAGACCAACUGAGAGAAGUGGAAUCCUUGUACGAGUUCACCCGCUUCCAAGUUCCCUUCCAUCCUUACCUCCUCUAUCCCCUCAACUCUGUCCUCCUGCACCCCCAUAGCAAGAUUGGAUCAGUCCAAGGUCAUACUGGGGUCAUUGCUGAGGUAGCAGCAGCCCAACUCAACCACAUGCAGUCCAACACUGUAGUGGCAUCAAUGGAGAGGUGGUUGUCAUGGAAACCGUGUGUGGGAGAUGAUGAAGAGAUGCAGACUUGUGCAAUGGAAGAUAGCAGUUCUGUUACGGGUCCUUCAAACCUCUACACUCCUGUCCAAACCAGAUGUAUGUUCCCCUUACUCUCCGAUCAACACAACCACAGCCAACCCUCUUCCACCACACCCCGAGCUGAGAGAAAGCAGAGAGACGGGGUGCAGCAGGUGCAGGAGGGGGGCAAGAGUGUACCCCUUGCUUCCUGGGAGGCACAUCAAUCACACCUCCAGGAGAUCCUCCAGGUUCUAUGGAGAAACUCAGGAUGGAUGAGCAGUAGGGGACAUGACUUCAUGGCAUCUGGUGUAUCAUACCUUGUCACAAGCGCGGCCUGGCUUCUGAGAGCUUUCUCCUCGUUACUUCCUGAUGAGGGAGACAAAACAAGAUGGCUGACAGCCUGCUCAAACCUUGUCUCCAUGGCAACAACUACAACCAGCCCCCCUCCCUCCCCAGGGAUUCAGUCACCCAUUGAGAGCCUUGGGGAGAUCUUGAAGUGCAACAGUGGGCGGAGCCAGACAGACAGUGAGGCCUUGCCAUUGGUCAGGGAUGAGAGGGGUGGGGCUUUGAGAGUGAUUGACAAUGUAGGUAGCCUUGUGGAAAUCCUUCUUCAGGAUCUUGGGAUGCUCUUGAGCAGGUGGAUGGGCAGAGAUGCAGCAGAUACUCUAAUGCCUGACACCUUUGCUAUGGAUCUGAAUGCCCUGGGGACCUGUUGGAUACACUUGGGUCAUCUUCAAGCAGUGCUCUUAGCCCCACAGGGACCAGUAGACCCAGCAGAGCACCAUGCUAUCAGGUUGAGAUAUGUCAGGGAAGAGAUCCUUGAAUUAGAAGCUGAACUGAAAGUCAGGGGUAUGUCGUCCAGAUUCCUGACAGGGAAGUCCCUGUUCGAGUUUAGCCACCAGGAGGUCCAUCCUCGCAUCCAUGCCUUGAUUGAGAGGCUUGCUGCUUUGAAGGAGAUGGAGGCGGAGCUUUCCAAGAGGAAUGCAUUCAGACCACACCCACCACAGUUUGAUGAUAUCAUCAAAGAUGUCCGGGUCUACCUGACCACCAGUGGCUCAUCGCAAACAAUCAAGGACCUGCUACAGAAGCACAAAGACAUCCUCCACAAGCCGGACGAAGACACCGCCAUGCUGAGAGACCGGCUUGCUGCUUGGCAAGCAUCCCAGGACCACUUCAUGGACCGCAUCAGGGGCGAGUACCCUUCCUACCGGGACCUCUGGUCUGGUAUGCUGACGGGCGUGGCUGGUCUUUCCUACGGGAUGCAGCUGGUUGCACACUCGGUUCAAUGCCAGCAUCACAGACAGCAUCUCCAGUUGGCUGUGUUGCCAAGGCAACCAGAACAGAUCACAUCCGCGGAGGAGUUGGUGGUCUCCAUUGCCGGCUUUUCAUCCGUCCAGCCAGAGUUUUCUAACUGGCUGUCCGUGGCUGAGAGACUGACCACAGUGAACGUCCACUCCCUCCUACAGAAGAUAUGGUCAAGAUGGUCUGGCGGUCGAGCCAAACAGGAGCAGCUAAUGCACAGUAUCCUCAAGCUUGCACUCCACCACACCACAAACCAUACCACCCUUCAUGGCCAGCUCACCCCUGUAACCCUUGACCUCUUGCAUGGCAUUAUGGGAUCUUUUGUGUCUCAUUACCAUCGGGCCGAGGAGGCUGCCAGACAGCGAGAGGAGGAGGAGGCUAGUCUGUAUAAAUACAAGAGUCGUAGCCAUGGCGAUGGAAUGACGGAUGAGCAGAUGGAGGAGAAGGAACUGAGGGAGAGUUUUCCGUCUUUUGAGAAGGAGUUUGCAGACAUCACAGCCGAGCCCAGCCUGGAUGACCAGCCCAAGCCUGAAGAUGACACCGCGACCUCUGACCCUGACUCGACCUCCACCCAGCAGCUGGACACGCCCACCAUGCGACUCUUGAGGGAUACUCAUGGUCAGAUGUUUACCGGGAUGGUCAACGUUCCCUGGAUGCGGUCAGGGGGUCAAGGGUCAAACAGUGAUGUGGAUGUGAAGGAUGUGGCCCAGCUGGGCUAUGCCACUGCAGUAGAGCUUGCCCAUGAAGUUCUGCCGUACUUGGCUCCUCGCCUAGACAAACACUUGAUUGGUGCUCAUCUAGUCAGAGUUCAUGACCUCCAGGUUGCCAUUGCAACAGAGCAAUCUGAUGAAAAAUCCAAACCCAUCAGAAAGGCUGACGAUGCUUCCAAGCCAUAUGACAUCUACCACGACCCCAACAUUCCUGAAACAAUCAGGUGUAAACCGGUUCUGGAUGACUUUAUGGAGAGAAUAAAGGGUCUUCUUGCUGAGUGGCCAGAACACCCAACUCUAAAGCAGCUCACCAUGUUGAUAGAGAGAAUCCAGUCUUUCAGUGUGGACAGUCCUCUCAUGAAGUUUGUCACAGGGUUGGAGCUACUGCUCUCGAAAUCACAGGAAUGGGAGUCGAAUGCAAGCAAAGCUGUCUCAAUUCAGACCCACCUUGAAGAGAUCACACAGACCAUCAUCAGAUGGAGGAAACUAGAAUUAAACUGCUGGGUAGCAAUGCUCGACAAUGUGACCUUCACACAGGCAGAGGGCUCCCUCAAGUGGUGGUUCCAUGUGUAUCGCCUCAUCCAGACAUACCUCGCCAAAUCUUCAGCCGACAUCCAUACACAGAAUCCCAGCAGUGGGACCCAGGAUGAAAACCCCACACAGAAACCAAUUAGUGGGGCUGAAGUUGAAAUUGGUGGUCAUGAUGAAGGAGGAGAGGAAGAUGGGACAACUAUCCGUGGCAUUGUUGGUAUCCUGCAGAAGCUGAUAGAGGGCGCUAGUCUUGGAGAGUUUGCCGCCAGGCUUGAAAUGCUUCGUGCAUUCCAUUCUCAGGUUGUUGCCUCAAUGCAUUCCACUGAGGAGACGUCAGAAUUGUCCUGUAUCCUGUGGAACAUGUACUGCUACUAUAGACAAUUCUUAACAGCAGUUUCCAUGGAGAUUGAGAAUAAAAGGAAACCAAUUGAGAAAGAGUUGAAGGACUUUGUUAAGAUUGCCAAAUGGAAUGAUAUAAGUUUCUGGGCAAUGAAACAAGCAGUGGAGAAGACUCACAAGACUCUCAUCAAGUUCAAGAAGAAGUAUGAGGUCUGCCUUCAAGGUCCAGCGAAGGCUGUCUUUGCUGAUGAGAAGAUAGAGCAAAACAAGCCGAAAGAUGAGACCAGGGCCAAAGAUAUCGUCUGGAAGGAUGAGUGGAAAAUAAUCUUUGAUGAUAGCAGAUACCAGGUAUAUUUUCCACCUUCACUGCCGACGACCCCUCAAGAUGGCGGUCUCAUCGCUCGGAUACCGGUCCUGUUUGAGAGAAUGAGGAAACAUUGCUCAUCUUUAUUGACCAAGAGGAACUACUCCGUGAUGUCCGAGACUCUUGAUGACUUCGUUGGUGAGAUUAUCACGACACUCCGGGAGCUCCAGGCUCUUGAGGUUACCAAGGAUGCAGAACCAGAGAAGCAGAAAUCAGAGAUCAGACAUAUUCAUCAGAGGAAAAGGAAAGCCUUGUCUGAACUCUUCAAAUAUCUGACAUCAAUAGGACUGUCCUACAAGAAGGGGUUACUUCGGCUCAAUCAGACUGAGAAGAAUCAACCAGAAAGCUUCCUGUUCUUGCCUCCAGUUGACCUUCAGGCGACCUUCAGGCGACCUGAUCAAUGGCCAGUGUUUACGUCACACAUUUCUGAGAUAUGGUUAGGUUGCCAUGAGUAUUUCUUCAGAUAUCAGGCUCGAAGGGCAGCCCUCAGAGAUGCCGUAGCUAACCCAUCUAAGGAGCUUGGUGUAGGAAAUGUCGAGAGAGUGAAAGGGUUCACAGAGCAUCUCUCAGAGCUGAUCAUAGACCAGAGAAGAGAUGUCGCUACCAUGGCAACCGGCAUCUCGCAACUAAGGAACAUAUUGAAAGAGAUGGAACAUCUUCCCAAAAACUCUCCCUCAGUCAAACCAGAAAACGCCUGUCACCUCCCACCUCAAGAACAAUCAGCAUCGUGGAUCGCCAGGUCAAAGGUCACCAUCGACCAAUCACUCCAAGCCAUUCUCCAGUUCACCACCGUCUUAGACUGCUGCCCAGAGAGAGACGAGGUCGAUGGUGACACCAAGACCAAGAUCGUGAGUCCGGUUCCAGAGGAGACCUUGACCAAGGCUGAUCAGUGCUUCAAGGGUGAUCAAGUUUGGCUGGAAAUCAAGACCAAUCUCGAGGUCUGCCAAGAUUCAUUAGAGAGAAUGAAAGCUGAUCUUGAUCCAGUUGUGCACCACAUUGAACUAGCCAAGAUGAAGCAAUCAGUCACACUCAUUCCAUGGGAGAGCAUGGACAUCUUGAAGCAGUGUCAUACAGGCUUCACCGCAGUGGCUGAUAAGUUAGGUAAGGUGGUAGAGGCAUUCACACUGCCAGAGACUGGUGAACAAACACAGCUUGUCCAGUCUCUUGUGUUCAUCGCACAGUCCAUCAGGAGCUGGAGUGCAGAGUUUGAGACAUGGUACCAUUCUCUUGGAGAGAGGUCUCCACUAACAUCAGAUACUGAUGUGGGCACCACCAUGUCAGAUGCAGUUUCUGAUGCCAAAUUGAAGAUGGAAGAGACAAUUAGGUGUAUUUUACUUGGUGUCCAGUCCCUUGUGAAAACAGACCCAACCACUCUGACAGAUGAAGAAGGAGAUGCAAAGAAUGAGACCUCAGAACAGAAAGAAGAUGGAGAAGAGAAUGAACUCGACCUCGAAGGUCUUCUGGUUAAGAAAAUUGUAUCAGGGCUAUCACAUGACCAGAGGUCAUUGGAGGUCAGUAAGGUCGUGACCUGUGGAUCAGACCUUUUGAGUAUCCUCUACAAUCUGAGAGAGAGCUGCCGAUCAGUGCAUGAUGAACAGAUCUUCAACGAGUGUUGCUCCAUGGCGGUGAGUCUCAUUCCCAUGAUGCGACAGUGCCUGGGUCUCGCCUGUACGUUCCUCGACCACAUGGUGGCAGCACACCGGGCGACCAGCAAACUUCUCUCUGUCCUCCUCUCGAUCUUCACUGACCUUGCAUCUCAGGGUUUCUGUCUUCCCGCUGAGUACUCUGAUGAGAUGGCAGGCGAGGGCGCUACAGAGUUUGAAGAUAUCGAGGGUGGAGGUAUCGGUGACGGAGAAGGAACUAAGGAUGUCAGUGAUCAGAUUGAGAAUGAAGACCAGCUCUCGCUAUCAAGUGCAGUGCCGAUGCACGGAGUCUGUACACCAUGA